AUGGAGCAUUUGGGGGAGAAAAGGAAGAAACCGGACUCUUUUCACGGGGGUGAAAAGAGGCACAUGCCCAAUGGGAAUUACCAAGGGAAUUCUGGAGACAGGAGGGACAACAAGGGAAACUUUGGGAAGGGGAAUGGAGGUCAGUCGUCCAACCAUAAGGGGAAUGGGAACCAAAGGGGUGAGAAACCCAAGAGGAGGUAUUUCUGCAAGCGGUGUGAGAAAGAUCACCCAGGGAAGGACUAUGAGGGAAACCCAGUAACUUGUCGUUACUGUCAGAAGUUGGGACACCGUGAGUAUGAGUGUUUCAAGAAGGAACCUGAUGUUAAGUCUGGGAAGGUGAAAGAGUCUAGUGCACCUAGUAAAUCACCUCGGUCUAGUGGACCUACAACCAAGCCUGGAACCAGUAGCGGUGCGGGAAGUGCCCCAAAGGGUCAUGUGUUCGUGAUGAAUAGUCGUCAGGCUGAGUUUGCUAAUGAUGUGGUAAUUGGUGUUUUCUUUAUAAGUUCUUUUCCUAUGAAAGUCUUGUUUGUUUUAGGGGCGUCGCAUUCUUUUAUUUCUAAGAAAGUAGUUGGGAGUCUCAGGUUAGAGAGUCCUAAGUCAGUUUCUCUAGGUGUGUCUAUUCCGUCUGGGGAAGUGAGGAGUUGUUCGAGAUUGUUUUUGAGUGUGCCUAUUCCCAUCUCUAGGGUAGAGUUUCUGGCCGAUUUGAUCGAGUUUGACUUUAAUGACUUUGAUGUGAUUCUGGGUUUGGAUUGGUUGGGAAAGUAUGAAGCAAAAAUUGAUUGUGCGGCUAAAAAGGUCACAUUGACUAGCCCAAAGGUUGAAAGUGAGGAAAAGAAAGGUGAAGAGGGUAUUCCUGUUAUAGAAGAGUUUCAAAAUGUGUUUCCAGAUGAGAUUCCUAGUAUGCCACCAGUAAGGGAUGUUGAGUUCACUAUCGACCUAGUGCCUGGAACUGGACCUAUUUCUAAGGCUCCAUAUAGGAUGGCUCCAGCUGAGUUGAUGGAGUUGAAGACCCAGUUGGAUGAUUUGUUGGAGAAAGGUUAUAUUAGGCCUAGUUCAUCACCCUAG